UAGACUUCAUUUAGUCGCCACGUUUCGUUCCAGCCGAUAAAACGAAGGCGGGAAACCAAGUGUCGUGUACACCGCCAUGAAACGAUGUUUGUAGCGCGGUUAGACGUUUGAAACGCGGGGAAAACACGACUUCGAGAACGCUACGUCACAGUUUCAGGCACGCCCAUCACGGGCAAUUUCCCGCAUCAACAAGUCUCAUGGCGCACCUCAUACGCGUAGCCGCUUGCCAUGCAUCUCCCAUCUUCCUCAACGCGCGGAAAACGACUGACAAGGCCGUUUCGCUCAUCAAGCAUGCCGCGUUGAACAAGGCCAAUCUGAUCGUGUUCCCGGAGACAUACAUUUCCGCUUUCCCCAUAUGGAGCUCCAUACGCCCGCCGACAGAGAACCAUUCUCUUUUUCAGCGCAUGGUGCAGGAAUCCGUCUAUGCAGAUGGCGAGGAGAUGGAUGAAGUGCGUGAAGCUGCUCGAUCGACCGGCACGCUCGUCAGCAUUGGGUUCAGCGAGAAGUCACGCCACAGCAAUGGCUGUCUGUUCAACUCCAACUUGAUCAUCGGGACGGAGGGAGAGGUUCUGGUACAUCAUCGCAAGUUGGUUCCGACGUUCUUCGAGAAGCUGACGUGGAGUCCUGGAGAUGGCCAUGGGCUGCGCGUCGCUGAUACCAAGUUUGGUCGCGUUGGAGCGUUGAUCUGUGGAGAGAAUACUAAUCCACUUGCGCGGUAUGCGUUGAUGGCACAGGCGGAGCAACUGCAUAUCUCAAGUUGGCCUGCGAUUUGGCCGACGAGAGUUUCGCAGAAGGAGGUGGAAGAGAAGGAGGAAGAUGGUUUGAAGUCGCUCAAAAAAGGUGGUGUGAACUAUGACAAUCUUGCUGCCAACAAGACGCGCCUAGCAGCACACUGCUUCGAAGCAAAGUGUUUUGGCGUUGCUUGCUCUGGACACCUGAAUACAGACGCGAUUGAGGCAGUCGUGAAUGAUGCAAGCCAGCCUGAUGUCGUAGCUGAGACACUACGAUCUAUGCCUCGCGCUGCAACAUUUUUUCUCAACCCCACGGGCUCUCCACUGUCAACCUUCACGUUCAAAGAACAGAGUACGGUAGCGCAAAAUGUCGAGUAUCUCCAGAACGAAGAGGGUAUACUGUAUGCCGACAUUGAUUUUGACGAGUGCAUUGAGGGCAAACAGUACCACGAUGUUGUUGGCGGCUACCAACGGCUGGAUGUCUUCGACUUGAAAGUUGAUCGCUCGAGGAGGGAUCCAGUUACAUUUUCCGAAACAACCAGGAAGCUAGAGUAAAACCGCAGUCAACGACCUGAAGCGUGACUUCAUUCAACGUAGAGAGGUACAGUCAAGGCCAGAACGCUUCGACUCAUAUCAACUCAUAUCGGUACCUGCUUUGGAUGAUUGUGACUCAGAGACAUAUCACCUUCCACGGGUAUCGAAGUACUCUUGCUCUAAGUCACAGUCGUGGCAACUUCAACAAUCGAACAUAUCCCGCAGCGAGAUGUGAUUCACUCCUGUCCAGCGCCUCCCUACACUCCGCAUAAAGACACCGCACCUCUUCCGCCACACUUCCUCACCU